AUGCCGACACCCUGUCGAGCCAUCACCACCACCUUCGCACGUGCGAGCAAGACCACCUCGACAGGCCCACCCUUCCGAGUGUAUCGCUACGUAGUCGACGUGCACGGCCAACUCUUUCUCCACGAUACGGUGCCCAAAAACCUCACGAGCUGCUUCAAGAAUGUCGAGUUUCUUGACUUCUUCUUCAAGCGUGUGCGGCCGAACCCAGCUUCUCUCACCGCCUCCCCUUCGUACAACGACUCAGGGAGCAUCUCACGGCACGACAUUCUCACCGCACCCAACUCAACGCUGCCGCAAGACUGGAGCGAUGUUCCUCCCUUCAACGGUAUUCCCGAUGCAAAUGACACACGGUCGCGGGACGACCUGUACAACGCUGCAUGCGAGCAAGGCAACUCGGAAGGGUACGAGUGGAUCUCACCCUGCGGACCUGAACUCAACCUGCUUCGCUGCCAAGACACCCCGAUCGUGUUCCGCGAGCUGAGUGACGAUGGGCAGCUUUCAUGGGCCGGAAGGCAGACGGAGACGUUUCAACCAGACGCGCUCGUAGUCGACCCGACGAACGGGUACGUCUACCACCCGUCCCCCCAACCCUCGCGCCGGAAGAAAGAGGGCGCAACGGACAAGUACGGAAGACUGAGUCUGCUCGGGUCGAAUCUGGUGCUGACCCGACUGGCUGAUGGGCUGGACAUCGACCCUGACGCUUUUGAGAGGGGCGAAGGUGGGAGCAUCGAAUGGAAGGGGAGGAGGUACAAGCUCGGAUUGCUCGGCCGUUGA